AAAGCUUAAAGGACGACUUCGGUCUGUAAUACAGCGGUCAUUUGCGUUGUGUUUGUAACGUAAUUUUUGUGCUUGUAGUCAAAUAUCCGUGUAUCCGUGACAGGACGGUUGAGCAGUGAAAUUAUUUUUGAUACGGAUGUUUAAAACAUCCGUGUAGUUUAGUAUUGUAGUCGGUUAUUUUGUUCAGUUUGCAGUAUGUUUGUACGUAAAGGACUCGGAUCAGUGCACUGCGCAUGCGCGUUAACUAACACGUGCAGGAAGGCUUCUCAGAUCAGACCCAGGGUGGUGUUGGGCAUCGAGACGAGCUGUGAUGAGACAGGAGCUGCUGUGGUGGACGAGACUGGGCAGAUCCGUGGAGAGUCUUUACACUCACAGAAACAAGUGCAUGUGAAAGCAGGAGGCAUCAUUCCGCCCGUCGCCCAGCGCCUCCAUCGAGAGAACAUCAGCAGAGUGGUGCAGGAGGCUCUGGACAGGAGCGGCGUUAUGGCGCGAGAACUCGACGCCGUGGCCACGACGGUCAAACCGGGUCUGGCACUGAGCCUCGGCGUCGGCUUACACUUCAGCCUGAAUUUCGUUAGACAAUACGAAAAGCCUUUCAUCCCCAUCCAUCACAUGGAGGCCCACGCUCUGACUGUCAGGAUGCUCCAGCACGUGGAGUUCCCGUUUCUGGUGCUGCUCGUGUCAGGAGGUCAUUCUCUCCUGGCGCUGGCGAGAGGCAUCGAUGAUUUCUUACUGUUGGGCCAAACGCUAGACGAGGCUCCAGGAGACACUUUGGAUAAGGUGGCGAGACGUCUGUCUCUGGUGAAGCACCCGAAGUGUCUCGGUCUCAGCGGCGGACAAGCGAUCGAGGUUUUAGCGAAAGAAGGCGAUCGUCUGCGGUUCGGCUUUAAACCGCCGAUGGGUCAAAACUACGACUGCAACUUCUCCUUCGCUGGCAUUCGCAAUCAAGUGACCAUGGCUAUAAUGAAGAAAGAAAAGCUGGAGGGCAUCGAGCCGGGGCAGUUACUCUCCUGUGUGCAGGACAUCGCUGCAGCAGCGCAGCACACCGUCGCAUCCCACAUCGCCAAACGCACACACAGAGCCGUUUUAUUCUGCAGAGCUCGUGGCCUUUUACCCCAAAACAACCCGACGCUGGUCGUAUCCGGAGGAGUAGCAAGCAAUGAAUACAUCAGAGAGACACUGAGGAUCGUCACUGACGCUACAGACAUGCAGUUACUCUGUCCUCCGGCUAAAUUCUGCACGGACAACGGAGUGAUGAUCGCAUGGAACGGUGUGGAGAGAUUAAAGGCGGAAAAAGGGGUCGUGUCACACACUCAGGAGGUCAUCUAUGAGCCCAGAGCUCCUCUGGGCAGAGAUAUCUCUGCUGAUGUGAGGGAGGCUACCAUCAAGCUUCCUGCCUUAAAACUGAAGAUUAAAAGGUAGAGAGGAUUCAACAGUGUACAUUAGUAAAUAAAAUGAGGAAAUAAAGAGUGCUGUAGCUUGG